AUGCCGUCCCAAGAGCCGAUGCUUGGAGGCAACUCCAAGUUUUGGGAAGUGGUCAAGAUGGUCAAAAUAUCGAUCAUCUCAAUAUGUUCUUUGCUGGGCCUUUAUUUCCUCGUAAAUAUCGUAAAAUGGAAAAUCAGAUAUCGUUACAAUCUAGAGAUUACCCCGACCACAGGGUUUGAGUGGGAUUCCGAUGACUUCGCUAUGGCUAUCCCCUUGGCCCUGUCCGACGAGUCCAUCGACCCGAUUCCUAUGCUUGUCCUACCUAUGGCCCAGUUGCAGGAAACAGCCAGUGUUACCGAUAAGGACAGCAACAGGGACAGCGACAGAGACAGCGACAGGGACAGCGACAGGGACAGCGACAGGGACAGCGACAGGGACAGCGACAGGGACAUUGAUAGAAGCCUCAGAAGAAGAGAAUGCGGUGUCAGGGUGUUUAAAGGCCGUGAUAGAACGAAUGCCCGGAAAGGUGACUACAAAGAUGACGGGACAAACGUCCUCCUCGACGCCAACGAGAAUGCCUUCGGUCCUGGUCUUGCCCUGAAUAACGAGGGAGCAUUGCAAUCCUCCCAGAAUGGCAAUGCCACUGGAGCCUCCAAGCCGGAGAUUGACUUCCUCGGCCUGAACCGCUACCCCGAUCCUCACCAGAUUGAAUUGAAGCAGCUCUUUUGCAACCUCCGCAAUACCCACCACCACACCCCGAAGACCCUCCUCCCCGAGCACAUGUUCUGCGGCGUUGGCUCAGACGAAGCCAUUGACGCGCUCCUACGUUGCUUCUGUGUCCCUGGCAAAGACAAGAUCCUCACAUGCCCCCCGACCUACGGAAUGUACAGCGUCAGCGCGCAGGUCAACGACGUCGAGAUCGUCAAGGUACCACUAGACGCUACAAACGGAUUUCACCUGCAAGCCGAUAAAGUCAACGAGGCCUUAUCAGCGGACCCAUCAAUUAAGCUGGCCUACAUCUGCUCGCCGGGCAACCCGACCGCGAAUCUGAUCCGCAAAGAGGACAUUCGCAAGGUACUCGAGCACCCUACAUGGAACGGCAUCGUAGUCGUCGACGAGGCGUAUAUCGAUUUUGCGCCCGAGGGAUCCAGCCUGGCAGAGUGGGUGACGGAGUGGCCCAACCUAGUUGUAAUGCAGACCCUCAGCAAGGCAUUUGGAUUGGCUGGUAUCCGGCUCGGCGUGGCCUACGCCAGUGUGGAGGUUGCUCGUUUACUCAACAGCCUUAAAGCCCCUUAUAACAUCUCUAGCCCAACAAGCGCGAUCGCCUCCGCGGCACUCACAGCGCCAAAUAUGGCGGUGAUGCACAGUUUCCGUUCGGAGAUCAUCGCGCAACGCGAUCGCAUGCUCCGUGAAAUGCCGACGAUUCCCGGUGUGGGUCAGUUCCUUGGCGGUAGCGACGCGAACUUCUUGCUCGUGCAAAUCCUGGACUCCGACGGACGACCCAAUAAUGUAACUGCGCUUGCUGCUUACGAAGCUAUGGCGGAGCAACGUGGUGUAGUGGUCCGGUUCCGUGGAAAGGAACUUGGAUGUGAAGGUUGUCUCCGUAUCACAGUUGGUACCGAAACAGAGGUUACUAAGUUCCUUGGAGAGUUACGGUCUGUGUUGAGUAGAUUGCGUGCUGGGGCUAAGAUUGAUGAGAAACGGGAGGAGUCGGCGGCUGCUGUGGUUGGAUGA